CGCCUCGCAAGCAUGCCGAGGCGGGGCUCCUCCGCGUCUUAACGAGAACUCGGCGGUUAAAUAUCUGUUUAUCGUAUUUAAAGAAAAAGAGGGGAUAUAAGGAAAAGGAAAAAAGAAGAAAAGGAGAAAAAAAGAAAAAGAGAAAGAGAUUUAAAGAGAGAAAAGGAAAGAAAGAGAGAGAGAGAGAAAACACAACACGAAAAAUACUCCUUCUUCGGUUUGGACUAUACUCGUGUGUGUAUAUAUAUAUAUGUGUAUAUAUAUAUAUAUACAUAUAUAAGUAUAUAUAUAUAUAUAUACAUAUUUCGAGGCGCUUCUCGUAAAAGCCCUCGAGAUCAUCGUCUCUACGUAAGGAGGACCGGACCCCCGACCUUAUUCUCGUUUGCGGUGAUCGAACUCGAUUUUAACUCAAAGAGAAGAAAGUCUCGCGUGUAAAAUAAUUCACGAUCGUUCGUGUAUUAAAGUUUAUAAUCUACAACGUCGUCGUGUUCGUUGUUGUCGUCAUCGUCAUCGUCGUCGUCGUCAUCGUCGUCGUUGUCGUAUUCGUAAAUAAUAACGAUGCCACGAGUAAGAAGACAGGUCGUUCUGGAGGAUCCGGCCAGGCCUGUAACGCCGGAUAUGAUGGAAACAAAGUUGUUGAAAACGGAAUAUUUGGACGAUGGUUCGUUAGAUGAGAUACAGUCGCAAAAGGUAGCUGAGGAAACGCCGAGUCCUCAUCUGCAGGAUCAUCAAUAUGGACAAACUCCUUGCUAUCAAGUGUCCAGGAAGCCAACUCAACCACCGCCUAGAACCGAGAUAUCGGUACAAGCGGUUAAAAGAAGACUGAAUUUGGAGGUUGGUACGACGGGAGCUAGUCAUUCUACGUUCAAAGCACCUAGAGGUAAACGUAGAAGAUCUGGAUCAAAUUCUAUUGCCGGUCAUACGCCUACGAAAAGUAAAACCGUCGAGAGAACACGUUACGACACAUCGUUGAGUUUACUUACGAAAAAGUUUAUACACUUGGUCGAAAGUAGUCAAGACGGUGUCGUCGAUUUAAAUGUAGCGUCUGAAAAGUUGGAGGUACAAAAGCGUCGUAUAUAUGAUAUCACGAAUGUAUUAGAAGGCAUUGGAAUAUUAGAGAAGAAAAGUAAAAACAAUAUACAAUGGAAGGGUGGUCAGCUACCCAACGACAGGAACGAUAUUGCUACGCUAAGGAAAGAAUUAGCGGACUUGGAAGCUAAAGAGAAUACCCUAGAUCGAUUAAUACAUGGUGCUGAUAAAAAUCUUAGGGAACUCUGUGCGGAUAGGCAAUAUGCUUACGUAACUUAUCAUGAUUUACGUUCAGUACCAAUGUACAAAGACCAAGCGAUAAUGGCGGUUAAGGCACCACCAGAAGCUACACUUCAUGUCCCUCAACCUAUUAACAGUCUCGGUCAACAAAAGCUACAAAUGCACAUGAGGUCGUCACACGGAGAAAUCGAAGUAUUUCUAUGCCCAGACGAUCCAACUGUUAAAUCUCCUACUCCUGGGUAUGCGACGACACCGACACCAACACCAACACCAACACCGACACCAACACCAACACCAACACCAACACCAACACCACCAACAACGACGACGACGACGACGCGAUCCGUGCCUUCUGUAAAAGAAUCGGAAGUACCUUAUCUCCCUCCGGAACUUUUAGUCAACGGAGUUACCGAAGUUCGUGUCAAACAAGAACCUAAUCCGGAAGUUAGUGUUCUAAAUAGUUGUACGAGUAUGCCGUCUACUUCGAACGAGGUUACAACCAGUAUAGCGGGUAUGAGGGACGCAUUGCUCUGCGAAUCGGAUGAUUAUGGACCAAUGGGCGGUGGCAAGUUCCAGCUACAAACAGAGGACCAAAUUGACGCUACAGAUUUAAGCAUUCUCGAUUUUGGAGAACACCUGCUAUCCUUGGAGCCACCAUUAUCUGAAAGUGACUACUCGUUCUCGUUAGGCACAGAAGAGGGUCUAUCGGAUCUCUUCGAUUACACGUUCUAGAAACGUCAUCAUCGCUAUCAUCAUCAUCAUCAUCAUCAUCAUCAUCAUCAUCAUCAUCAUCAUCAUCAUCAUCAUCAUCAUCAUCACCAUCGUUGUCAUCAUCAUCAUCAUCAUCAUCAUCAUCAUCAUCAUCAUCAUCAUCAUCGCUAUCACGAAGGCACUCUUGUCUUUUUGGACUAUCAUUAUGAGUUCGCCUCCAUGAUAAACGAUUCGACGAAGAUGCUUUUCGAUUUAGUUUACAAUGCGCCUUCGAAACUAACGAUUAGUAUAAUUUUUUGUUGUCGCUGUUUCGUUACACAUACAACAAACGUUCUCGUCUCGUUUUUGAAUAUUAUCUCGUGAUAUAAUUCUUUUAAAUCCGAUAUUAGUAUAUUUCUAAUAAUGUUUUUCAAUCAAUAUCCGCACGUAUUCACGAAUGAUUUCAAGAAGCAUGAAAUGAAUAAUAAGAUAUUUCAAAAUAAAAACAAUAUAAUAAGGAAAAGAAUUAGAAAACAAUAUACAUAUACACAUAU